UUUCUUCCUUCAAAAUAUGGUAUGGAUAAAAUAGUGUUCUGUUUUUCAUCUCAAUUGUUCGCAGCAUUAUUUUCAAUUUUUGAAAACGUGAAAAACACGCAUUAAUCUUUAACAGUGCCUCUAAAUGAUCAGCCAUGACUUGAUUAUCAGCGAUAAAGUUCAUAAUAUGCUCCUGAUCGUGUAAAGACUUUAAAAACGCAAAUAUUGUGUUAAAUACAUCGAACUAACAUAAAGUGAAAUACGUUCAUGCAUCCAAAUGAAUUUUAGUGAACACCAUGUCAGACGAUUCGGAAGAGGCUUUUCUGGUUAGACCUAGAUCUCCAUCGGUGACUGGCAUUCCAGCUGGGACAAUGCAAUACACGCAAGGCAUAUCAAGCUCUCAGCUGCAAGCUCACAAUAAUACCAGUAAUCAUCAUUCCACCCACAGCCAGGGCUCGAAUUCGACGGCUCGCGGUUCUCAAUCGGAAUCGGGCGAAUUGAUUGACUAUAACGAUGAGACCAUUUUGAGUCAGUUUCACGCUGAUGCAAUAAAACAGGCUGGUUUCGGAAAAUUUCAACUGAUUGCUUCCAUCAUUACCGGUCUCGGUUUAUCCGGACAUGCCAUCCAAAUUUAUGCUGUAUUCUACAUCAUACCUUCAGCGGAGGUCGAAUAUUGCAUUCUGGAUACUGAGAAAAGCUGGCUCGGUUCUAUCACUCUGCUGGGUAUGGCUUUGGGAGCUCUUUUAUGGGGUGGUUUGGCUGGACGAGCUGGUCGGAGGAAGUCCCUACUGAGUUGUUUGGCAGUAUGUGGUGUUUUCUCGGUUAUUGCUGCUUUUAUGCCCACGUAUGGACCAUUCAUGAUGGCUCGAUUUUGUGCAGCCGCCGGAAUAGGAGGAGCCCUACCAACUGCUUCGGUUUACUUGUGUGAGUUGACCCCAGUUAAUUUCAGAGCUCGUAUAUUGGGUUUACUUGGAGCGCUUGGCGUCGCAGGUGGUUUAGUUGCAGGAGCUAUUGCAACGAGCACCGUUCCGGCUACAGGUCAAAAAAUGAUGCUGGAAAAUAAGGAGCAUUUCAGUGCUUGGCAUCGAUAUUUAUUGUUAAGCACAAUACCGACAUUUGCUUCUAUUCUGGGCCUUUUCUGGCUGCCAGAAUCACCUAGGUAUUUGCUUGAGAACUCAAGAGAGGUUGAAGCAUUAACAAUCUACCAGAAAAUAUAUCAAAACAAUCGAACUCGUGGUGGAUACUCGCUAACAGAACUAGAGUUGCCUGGAACACGAACGCAUCGCAAUUUGCCGACAUCAGUAUUGCAGGAGAUGGCCACAAGUAUAACCCUGUUCUUCGGUAGCUUUUCCCAAUUGUUCAACAAAUUAAACUUGAAGCAAACGCUUUUGCUCUUUGCGGCGUGGACAGCAACAAUCUUGGUUUAUCACGGGUUAACCAUCUACAUUGCCGAGUACUCAAAAAGUACAGAAUCGGAAAACUACUACCGGAAUACAAUCAACAAAGAUAAUCUAUUUUACGAAAACACCGAUUUCAACAAAUCUAUCGAAAAUAUAGUCUACAAUAACUGUCGCUUCGUCAACUGCACCUUUCGAAGAAUGUUCAUCAGUCAUGUAACCUUCAAUAACUGUACUUUUCAGAACACCGAAUUCACCAACGUCAAGACGAGUCGUACUCAGUUCAAAUUCAGCAUACUUGAAGAUGUGGGGUUGAUCGAUACGGAUUUGACCGAACGUCAUUUUGUUGAAUGCAUGAUGAACAACAUUACAACACUUCGAUUGUUGGCAACGUGUGACAGGGAUUUCGAAUUUAACAUUUACCUAGACUCAUUGUGGAAAUCGCAUUUCGGAGCUUUGUUGCCGGGAAUCGUGUUUAUGUUAAUGGUUGGCGAAGGGUCACACCGAUUUGGUCGUAGUAGAACAGCAACAUUAUGCUUCGGGUUUUCCAUCUGCCUAUGCAUUACGGUUGCUUUUCUCUACCAUGAUUUGCAAGUGAUAUGGACAGCUGGUUCAGCACAAGGAUUGAUGUUAGCUGGUAUCGCGGCCUUAACGUUGCUGGCAAUCGAAAGUUAUACAACACCAUUGAGAUGCACAGCCGUUGGAUUCUUUGUGUGUGGUGGUCACAUUGGAGCUUUAAUGGGUGGUCCAAUGUACGCCGCUUUUCCAGUGAUCUCUUCGAAAGUUGCAGCAAUUAUGUCGGCGAUGUUUCUCAGCGUUCCUAUUUCAUCAGCAAUUAUUCUGAAGGAUCCUUGCCUGUUGCUGUGAACAGAUCAACAAGCCAUCCAAAUGCAGCAUCUCUCCCGAGCAAAUAAAUAUUAGGUAAAACUCUUGUAAAAUAGUUCAUGCUUGUAAGUAACAGGGAUUGUAAAAAAAAUGUUUUUCUAGCUCGUUUGCCAUAUUUUCCCAAUUCUUUUAAUAGUUUUACAAUAUAUGUAUUGACGGAUUUGUUUUAUAUUAUUGCAGAUUACUGAUAUAAUAAUUGCAUAGAGAACCUUGUUCAAACAAAUAAGUUUAUAAUUAUCGUUAAAACACUAGCGCCGCCAUAUCAGCCGAUCCCAACUAAAGGUAGAGACAUUAGACCAUUUUAAAAUCUAUGUUAUCAGCUAUCAAUACAUUCACACUCACUUUCUAAGCGAAAUAGCGACAGUAGCGUAUCUGAUGGUAAUUUGUCAACUACCUUUGAACAGCCUUUUUUGUACAGAACGUCUGUUCUCUGUGAUAAUAGCCACAAAUAUUGGAGUGCAAGUCCGAAGUAAUCGCACUAUUGCCUGCCCUAAUGGCGCUCAAUUUUGUGUGCUUUGUAGUAAUGAUCCAGUCCAUAUAUGCCCCAAUAGAAAUGUUGGUCGUUCGUAAGAUUUGAUUAUUCUAGUCAAUGAGCAUAUCUUACAAGAACACGAGUUCUUAAUAUUCUAAAGGAGAGUCAAAUAUUCGAAGGUCAUUGAAUGAGCAUUCAUCAUAUUCGCCUGCCAGUGACUUCAACAUUCAAUGAGGCGACUAAUAACGUCAAACGAAGCAACCACCUUUUCAUUCAAUGCAAGUUCUCAUUCGUUUCCGAUUGUUGUACGAAACAAGUGCACGGUGUGUUUGGUAGAACAAUUUUAUUCGAAAAAAAUCGGCAUUGGUAAAACUUCAGCAUGUGAUAGAAUGGGCUUUUCCCUUUCAUUUGAAAGUAAGAAUAAAAUAUUCUUUGUCCUAACCUUUGUCUUCUUGAUAUGUUGUCUAUGCCCUUAUCCCAUAUUAUGAGGGAAAUCAUAAAUAAACAGUCUUGUAUUACUUUGAGAAUUUUUUAAAUAUAUAGUCCAGCCUGAUAUUUUCUUGUUCGUUUUCUGUUGUGAUCCGUGUUCAACGAGCAACGACUCCGGACUUUCUUCUUAAAGGAAGUGAUGAAACUUGGUUUUGUUCUUUUUUCUAAGAUUAUGUGAAGUGUGUUCGAUUUGAAAAAAAAUUAAAUAAGCAAAAUUCUGCAUCUAUAAAUUCUGAUGAAAUGAAUCUACCCCAAAAGAUGGAUCCAAAACUCGAAGAGCUUUUUUUCUUUCAAUCAUCUUUCUUUUAAUGUUGAUAAAGACAAACAGGAUCUCAACCCAAAAUUGCAAAUAAAAUCCGUCGUUUAUUACAAUGACUCGAGCUGUCUUCUUUAGUUCAUUCAAAUAUAAAGCUUUGAAUUUAAGCCAAUUGUAUUUUACCAGGCAGGAUAGGAUCAGGAUGAAGGGUCAUUCUAGUUUAUAUUAGCUAUCUCCUAGAGCGAGAAUAGAAAUGAAAAAAGCAUGAUAAAAUCCGUUACUACAUUAAUCAACAUCUUGAAAAGGUAUAAGAUUAUCGAAUAAAUUUCCUUUCACACCUCCUAGUGUCAUUUUCGCCCAAGACCCGGAGGAAUCUGAAAAUAAUUUUUAUACUGAGAAUGGGACUUUGUAUACAUUGAAAUUUAUCUGAAUUUACUGUUUAUUUAAACCCAACAUUUUUUUGUAAGCCCUUGUUUAUCGUCUUCUUAAUCCAUAAGCCCCGCGCACACCUAAAAACUGAUCAAAUUUUAAUAACUUUCUCGGGUUAUUUUACAUCGAUUUAUAGCAUUCUACGAAGUUGCAGACAAUGAGAUUGUUCAUCAGAUUCUCACCGUUAGUAUUUUUUGAAUGUCUAUAGUACCAAUUAGUAGCAAAAAUGCGUUUUAAUUUCAUUAAAAACUUAAGUUUUCAAUCCAAAAACUUGUUGUUCUAGACCCCCCGAAAGAAUAUUUUAAUUUUACUUUCAAAUGAAGGGAAAAGUGCAUUCUUUCAUAUCCCGAAGUUUUACAGAUGCCGAUUUUUUUUUAAUAAAGUUGUUCGACAAAGAAACCGUGAAGAGGGCCGCAAUGAAAAAAAAUUAUAAAAACAUGAAAAUAUCCAUGUUUUCGAGAUUUUUGAUUCACAACUAAACACGUUAGGAAUGAAAAAAGCCAUACUCAAGUUUCCUAUAUUAAGAGUCAACGCUAUCGCGCCCGCAAUUUGGGUACUCUUUUUAUUUCAAUUACACAGGUUUUAAUCUUAGGGUCAUUUUACGAGUUAGAAAAAUCUAUUUUUAGGAAAACCUUAUGUGCGGCUUUAGGAUUCGAGCCCAGGUGGGCUGCGUACACGGUAAUCGAUUUAAUAAUUUCUGCAAGGAUCAUGAUCCGUGGCACCGGUGAUAACUCAUGUAUUUUGAAAAAUUUCGGGAUCAAAACCUUGCGGUUUAUAGUUCUUAUGCUUGUUCAACUAAACUGUAAGGUUUCAUAAUUUGUUCUGAAGCAUAAAACAAAAAAAAGCACAUUGUUUUGGCUGGCUAGAUGAUCUGUCUUCCUUAAAGGCUGAUGGCGUAAACCUGAAACGAGGCUCGUGAAUUAAAGAAACGCAACAUCAAAUUUUCCAACAGUUAAGAAGAUGCCGAUAGUGAUUCAUUGAUUUUUAAUUAAAGAGACGUGCGGUGGUACCAGUGACAACCCCGCAGUUCAGCUAAACUUCUCAUACACAGUGCUGAUCGAUUGUUCUUUGUUUUUAUAUUCCGAUACAUAUCGAAACAUUUUGAAACAAAUUUCAAAUACGAUCACUCCAAUGCUUACAAUUAAUUUCCUGAUGCAUUUUAGUACUACCGACUAGUGUCUAAUAUAAACUUGAUACAAGUUCGCCAUACCGGCUAGAUUUGCAUUUAUUCCGAUUCAGCCAUUUAUGGGACAAAAAUAAUUGCAUUGGAAUCGGUCAUAUCCCUUGAGCCUAAAUUAUUACGCGUUCUACCAGAUUUUUCCUCUCUUCCGUAUUCUUGUUCUAUUACAACCGGCUUAAGUAGACUAAGAAUUGGUUGGUGUUAAGUCAAACUGGACUAUGUCGCAAGACAUCAAGAAAUAAGAAAAUGAUAGCACUGGAUAAAUAAUUUCUUCAGCUACAUUUGACUUUUGCCAGAUUUGAAAUAUGUAACAAUAAACAAGAAUUAUGGCCAAAUCAAUAUAUUGUCACUUAGUCCGGUCUGACUUAAUACCGACCAAUUGUAAUGUGGAAAACCAAACUUUGAAGAUUUUUGAAUAUCUAUCUUUGUCUAAAGUCUGAUUGGCUUGACCAAGCGCAGAUCAAUUUUUGUUUUCAAUUUUCGUCUCAUAGCUUCAAUACUAUGAUAAUUUUGAGGUGAUUUUCGCAAUGUUAAUUUUAAACUUGUUUUAUUUUAAACAACAUUGCGCAUUUAAUGGUUAACAAUACAACGUACACGAACCCCCAGGCUCUUCACAUUUUCGGUAAGGCUGAUAUAAUGAAACCAUUAUUUUCUUCUAGUGGCUAAGGGUGUGAAGGUUACAGAUAAUAAAAGCAAAAUAUUCUGGAAAUUCAAUAAUUUCUUGUUGAUUCAGUUUCUUUCUAAGAUGAUAAUUUUAAUGAAAUUUUGCUCCGGUUGCCAUUUUACGACAGUAUCAGGAAUAUGUAUGUAUCUUAUACAAUCGAUAGGUGGCAGGACUUAAAAGGAUUUUUAUAUGGCACCAACAUGUUCAAAGGAAAAUGCAAUUUCAAUAUGCUUGAAAAAUUCAUAGACUUGGCAUCGCACACUUUUUUGAAUUGUUUAUCAAUUUUGACACGAAUAGAAAAAAAGUAACAAUAAUUGAAUAGAGCUCAUACAUACCAGCUACUACACGAAACUGUAGAAGUUAACUAAGAUAAUAUAGCGAAAUGGUUAAUUUUGCGUUUUGUGAGGUUUGAGAGUAUUUAUUAUGAAAUGAAAUGCAAUAGCUUCUCAGUUUGAACUAUUUUUCUAUUGAUAAUGAGCCGAUUAUUGAUAACUAUGCAUGUCAUUUUAUCACAUAUCCCAAAUUUAAUCAUUCCGCACUUGAAUGAUAUUCAAAAGAAUAAUAGAUUAAGGUGUAACAGUCAACCACUGCAUAAAAGUCCCUCCUAUAGCGGUUAGUGAAAAAUAUCUCCAGAAAACAUUGUAAUUGCGUCGUAGUAGGUUUAAAUCCUUUAAUAUGAAAAACGCGUGUAAGCACAUAACGGGUGUUCAAUAAAAAAAUGAGAAUUUUUUCAGUAACAAAAAAAAAAUUUCAUCGAAUUCAGUAUUUUGUAUUAAAAACAUUAUUGUUAUUCUUUAAAAAAACGUCUAUGAAUAUUGGAGAAGGGGCCCUGGUCAGUCGUACGACGCAACUUAGUCGCGAUGCUCUCACAAGAGCGCUGGACGGCACUGACGUCCAUCUUCCGGAUACAAGUCCGGAUCCUGGUGGUCAACUGCUUCGUAUCCUUUCCCCUCCAAUUAUUUUUGUACAUUAGGGCAGUAAGGGAGCCGAAAAAAUCCUCAAUGGGAUGGCACGUACGGUAUCUUUUUCUGCUCAAGAUACUCCAGCGUCUUCUUGGCGUUAUGGGACGUAGACGUACUUACCAUCCGCAUGAUGCUUCUUUAAGAAUGGCAGAAACAUAUUCUCAAGACGCGCCUCCUGGUACACUUGUUGAAUGAUGGCCAGACCGCUCGGUUUGAACCACGGCUUUGAAAUCCCUCUGUCCGAUGUACAGCAUAACUUUUUUCAAGUUUAUGCUUAAACUUAUAUUUUUCUUCGGGGGGUGUGGCCGAAUUGUCACUGGAAUAGUAGCUGUUAUUUGCUGGAAUGUGGAUCUUCGAGAGCGGAAAUUAACUUUCGUCGUCCAGCACGAACGACGUCCCGCGGUAGUUCUUCGUUAUCUACCGGCACUGCGAUUUCACUAUCGCUAUCUGCUCGUCCGUAUACUCGGGGGACCGAGUCUUCUUCCGACAGAUGAUGUCCUCCAUCUUGAGGGUUCAGUGAAUCAAGGUAUGGGAGCAGUGAUAUUUUUGGCCGGCGUCAAGCAAACUCGUUCCGUCCUUGUUGUCAAACAGAUUUUUCAACCCUUCCUUCUUCUUCUUCGUCAUUAUCUUCGGCGGACGGCCGUUACCGACCUUCCGCUCCACGCUCAGGGAUGUCAAGAUCUGGUAAAUUGUACUCACGGGCAGGAUUUCGUCUCGAAAGUAGUCUACCGUACGCUUUUUUCCACGAUGACCAUACGUUUCGUAAAACCGUACAACAUGCUCGCGGAGUGCUUGCUGUUUCGUCGCCAUCUUCGAUUGAACUGACAGCAUCCGAACGAAAAGAAACAUGUCACCCACUUAUAGGGAGUCCAGAGAGUAAUUAUCUUGGAGAGAAAAAAAUUACGCUCUUUACUUUAAUUACAGAAAGGUAUUGAAAUCAUUCUAAUGUUUUAUUGCACACCCGUUAGUUUGACUUAUGCAGGCCCAUGCGCAGAAAAUUGAGAGGGAGGGGGAUAGGGGUUGUUGUUUUUUACACGUUUCCUAUGAAAUAAUGGUAUAGGAACCCUCAAACUUCGAAGAUUUUUUUCCGGGGCUUGUAGGUCUUGUGUAUCAAUCAAUACCGAUGCCCGUUUUCGUGUGCUAUUUAGCUCUCAACAACUUCACGGAGAGUUCACCGGCGGUGAAAUUUCUCUGAACAUUUCUUCAAAGACUACUCUUGCAGAGUAAAUUUUAGUUAAGAAAUUAAUAACAGUGAUUUAAGACUUUCAUGGAGGGGGUUUGAGCCCCCAGAACCAACAAUCCACCCCCCCCCCCCUCCCAGCCUUGCACAUGGUUCUGGACUCAUUGAUUGACUUUUUUCUCUACCGGGUUACAUUGUAGGAUACCAACAUGAUUAGAUAAUACCAGGUAAGUGACAGUGCUACGACUGGUUGUUAUGGAAUCUUGGAUAAGUUUCGGUGGUACAGCGCCGAAAAAUGCGACGACCUUCGGUGAAGAUCGACUCAUUUUUCGUUGUAAUAGUUGCCGAAACUUAUGCCAGAUUAGAUAAUAUCUCAACAAUGCUGACUCAAUGAACUGACAUGUGUCGAAGAGGGCAAACUACUUAAUCGUAUCAGAUUCAUUACAACAUGAAAGAAGCAAUACGGGAUGAACGGAAAUGAGUAACUUGAAGUGAACUUUAUACGUGAUAGAAAUAUUGUAAAAUAACCAGACGAAUUCAAUACGUAAUUCCAAUUCGCAUGUUAUAUGAAUAAGACGCCGUCAUACUGUCGAUAUAUAGUUUAAUAACAUGCUUAUUGUCAUUGUCAUUUCUCUAUAAGGAUAAAAAUUAGUUGGAACUGUAUUGUGCAUAAAGAUAUAAUACUUAUAACUUUUGGUAACUUAAGAUUGACGUUUCGACUCUGUGUCUUCAGUAUAGUUGUUUUGACUGCAACCAUAGACAUUAAAUCCAACAAUGAACACUACUUGUGUUAACAAGUAAGCGACUGACCAUCGUAGAUCGUAGCGAAAUCGAAACAUGUUCACUAUAUCACUUCACAAGAAAAAUCAAUAUGCAAAAAAUGAAUAAUGUUUAGAAUAUUUAGAAAAUCGUUAAUCCUUACUAAAAGUUACACCUUGUGCACAAAAUGGUUUCAACCUCGAAAAGAGACGCCAAAGUGCAACACAUUGGCUUGCUAGUCGUUUUCGAUUUCGCUAUGAUUUUAUCAGCAAUCUGAACUUUUGUGUUUACGGGACAUCAUCUGUGGCCCACUGUUUAGUUGUGAACGCAAGUAGUGUGCUUUUGGAACUUGGACGUCUCUAUUCGCGAUCAAGACGGCUGUACCAUACUGACGAAACUAAGCUGAAUCGAUCAUCCUAAUUUACUAACAAUGCAUUAUUGUCAAUAUUUCUGUCCGUGUAAGGUCCGCUGUACCAAGUUGAACAUCUAAUUAUUUCGGGAGCACGUCAACAUCAUAUAAGUUUAUAAGGGACCUUUAUUAGGGGAAUAGUACCCAUUACAUAGCAACCGUUGAAAUAGCUAAGAGAUUAUCGUUGUUUUGUAAAUCCAUUUGACCAGCUAAACUGUUAGGAUCCUUAGGCUAUAUAUUGAUAGGAAAAUAAAACUGUGUGAUUGCCCAAAUGGAUAAUUUCGUUGAACACAAGAUGUAAAUGCAUUAUUUUUUAAAUUAUUUUAGAUUUAAGAAAAACUAGCAUUAAGAAAUAAAACCAACGUAAAAUAGAAUCAUUACCAUGUUAAA